AUGAACAAUCCUCUUAAAAGAAAAGCGAAUUUCAAUAUUGAUUAUCCUUUUGAAAGAUUAUUAAAUGAUAGUCAAGUUAUACGUGAUUUAUCGAUACAACGAGAUGUUAAUAUUGGUUAUUUCUACAAUGCAAGAGAAGAUUCUAUCAUACGCCAAAGACCAUUUCAGAAUGACAUCAUAAGUAAAACUUUAAAAUCCGAUACCGUAUAUUGCCAAGUAUUCCAUGGUAACCAACUCCAAGCUGAAAAGCUCCUUGAUGAAAUUGGUACCGAUUAUGAUUUAUGGCUGAGUUUAGUAUUAAAUAUUAUUUCUAUAGAAGGAAUCAAUGUAUUAUCAGAUUCAGCAUUUAGUGUUAACAAAAAUACUCGAAUAAUUCAUUAUUGUUACAUAGCUAAAGAACAAUGUAUUAUUGAUGACAUUCGCAAAGUUAAAUCGAAAAUACGAAGAGCAACAGUAAAUCAACAUCCAACGCAUGUUGUUACUGGUAUUAGAACAGGCGUUCGAGUGGUUAUUAUAUUAGAAUUAUCCACAGAGGAUAGGGCGAAUGAUGCGUUAAAUUUAAUAAUUGACACAUUAAGAAAUAAUAAUUUCAAUAUGUUGAAGGACAAGAAAAAUUUGUUAUCUUACCUACUUUUCAAAAAAGUAUUUUCAAAUAUACAGGAACUAACUGGAGUCAAAACGAUAUUUCAGUUAUGCAAACGAAUAAUUGAAACGAACCAGUUAGUCGAUGAUCAUCGUCCCAUACAAUAUUUUCUUUGUCCUAUUCAAUCAUUUUGUGUACAUUCUGCAAAUAAGGCAGUGAUUUAUGCACCGCUGAAUCAAAACAAUAUCAUGACAAUAAAACAAUAUUUAUUCCCUUUAUGUGUGAAAAUAAUAGUGUUACGAACAUUUAUUAAUUCAGAAACAGUCGAAUCAUUUGAUAAAGAACUCACUUCAUUAUAUCAUGAAAUUCGAGAAGAUAUUCAAAUCAUCAAUGAAAAUUUGUUAACUGGAAUCAAUCCAAUUGAUAAAUUAUAUUUAAAAUUCCAUUACGGAAUACUAAAUGAGCGAGGAAUAUAUGAAAUAUCGGUCAGAAGAGUCGAAACUUCAUUAAAAGAACAAAUACUUUGUUAUCUUCAAUGUCUUCAGCUAUUCAAAUACAAAAUAGAAUUUAUUAAACAACUAGAAAAACAAAAUAUAAAAUAUUUGAAUAUGGAAAAUGUGUCAAUUCAACAAAAUGAGAACCUAAUUGAAGAACUGCGAAAAAUAAUUCAGCCACAAAAAGAAGAGCUCGUUUUCUGUUGUACUGAACAGUUACUGAAUGAAAAUUUACUGAAAUGGAACCGAUUCAGUUUCAAAUGGAUGAAAAUGUACGCAAAAUAUGGUAUAUGAGAUUUAACAUAUGCCGAUUUUUCUUAUCAAAGUUCAUUUAUGUUAUCAAAAAUAAAGAUAUUACUAAUCGAUUCAUUGAGUUCACCACGUCGAUCAAAAUCAUUAGUGAUAGAACCCCGUAAACCAUCAAACGCACGACAAAAAUUCGGCCAAGAAGAAAGAACUCCUCGUUUCGUUGAAUUGAAAAGAAAACCUCGUUCAAAUUUCUCGUCUAAUUCUAUGAACUUUGAAACAUCACACCAAUGACUCGAAACUACACAUAGCCGAUCAACAACACAUACAAGAAGAGAGUGUGGGUGUGGGUGUGGGUGUGCAAUGUGACUGAAGAAAAGUUACAUAACCACCCACACCCUCAUAUACAUUUCGAUGAAAUUAUUUGUUUUCAUGAGUCAUAUCAUAUUUGUUUUCGAUUGUUUGAGUAGGCAUCAUUUUGAAAUUGUUAUUUUGAUAAUUUUUACAGAUUUUCAUACAGAUCUUGUUUUUAUUUUUCUAUUUCUAUUUAAAGUACCCUUUAAAAUUCGAUAGUUUUCCAGUAGAAUACGAUACAUUUUCUAUUUCGAUAUCCAGCUUAAUUAUUUUCCUUGAAUUAUUUUUUUUAGUCAUUAAAAACAACAUAGUUCAUACAUAAGUUUAGAUACAAAUGUAUAUUACAUCGAAAUAAGAAUAAAAUAAUGCUGAGUAAUUUAAUUUAUAUCUUAUUUACUCGAAU